AUGCGAUAUGGUCAUAGAAAUACUGACGUUUGUGAAGAAAUCCUAGCAUCUUUGGAGGAUUUGCAUACCAGUUUAGAGAAAUAUCAGCCUCCUGUGAUUGUUCCAACUGAUGAGAAGCCCAAACAGUCGUCGUUUGGAGGACUGUUUUCCAAGAUGUUCAGCAGUAAGAAUAGAGUUGAAUCAUUGAAACCGGCGCCUGACCACCCUAAGGGGAUUUAUUUAUAUGGAGAUGUUGGAUGUGGAAAGACGUUUUUAAUGGAUAUGUUUUAUACCACAGUUCCAAAACACCUGACUAAGAAGCGAAUUCAUUUCCACGCUUUUAUGCAGGACGUUCACAAGAGAUCGCAUAGAUUACACAUGGAACAUGGCCCUGACUAUGAUACUGCACCAGCCAUUGCUGAUGAGAUUGCCAAGGAGGCUAAUGUGUUGUGUUUUGACGAGUUUCAGGUGACAGAUGUGGCGGACGCCAUGAUUUUGAGACGUCUCAUUAGCAUUUUGUACUCGGAGACUCAUGGAGUAGUGACGUUCAUGACGUCCAACCGUAAACCAGACGACUUAUACAUGAACGGAGUUCAACGGGCGUCAUUCAUCCCCUGUAUUGAGGCUUUGAAACAAGAGAACAAAGUUGUAUAUUUGCAUUCGACUAUAGAUUAUAGAAAAAUAGCCCGUCCAUCCAGCGGCAGCUAUUUCUUCCCCCCAUCAGGUAAGACUUUGAGCAGCGUUAAAGAAGAUGCCGACAAGCAUGCGAAGCAAUGGCUAGAUUAUUUCUGCCAAGGUGCCAGUGUUAAUGAGAAUGAAGAGCUGUCAAUUUGGGGGCGACCAUUAGUUGUUCCCAAAUCAGCCCCCGGUGUAGCUGCACAGUUCACAUUUGACCAGCUCUGUGGAAAGCCUCUCAGUGCCGCUGAUUACCUAGAAUUGACCCGGAAUUAUAAUAGAUUCGUGGUCACAGAUAUUCCUCUGCUAUCCAUUCGUCGAACUGAUCUGACGAGAAGAUUCAUUACCUUUUUGGAUGCUGCAUAUGAAAGUCACUCCAAGCUUGCUGUAACCGCCGAGCGUCCUUUCGAGCAUUUGUUUAUUGAUGAGGGUCCUAUUAUCAAAUCAGAGGCACCCAAAGAUGUUAAAGAUCUAGACGACCCCGACUCCGACUUUCUUGGAGAUGGUACUAUGUUCUCCGGCGAAGAGGAGAAGUUUGCAUUUUCGCGAGCAUUGAGUCGUCUCAAACAGAUGUCCAGUAAACAGUGGUUAGAUGACGGAUUCGAUCGAGAGUAA